AAAAAUAUCGCUUUAAUUAUAAUUACAUUAAGGCAGUCUACCAUUGUCAAACAUUUGUCAAAGUAUGAUAAUUAAUAAAAGCGUCAUUUUACCUUGUGGGUUAGUGUAAAAAUAAUUAUGUUCAACUGGAAAAGGGUUAUCUGUGUUACAAUAGACGUGCGUUCAAGGAUUGGAGGAAAGGUCUAUCACUCCUGACUGGUGUAUAGGGAACAAUAGUUACUGGUUUUGCACUAGACAUUUCAGUAAAGUUUUGAUUCUCCACUUUAUACACAAAGUGACUCAUCUCAGGAAAAUGGCACAGAGAGUCUUUUGCGUUCUUUGUUUCUUCGUCAUGGGAACAUACGCUGCAGUAUGGGAAUGUGAACUUCCGGACCUGUUCAAAGAGUGCUAUAACUUUUAUUCUCGUGUUGCAAAAGUCCAUACAACGCCUGCCUACGGCAUUCACAGUCGGUGUAUCAACUCGUAUCUUUGGAAAACUUCAUCGUCACGUUACCAUUUACAAUUAAGCCACGACAACAUUAAUUACAUCAAGUCCCUUCAGCGGGAAAUGAAUAUGAAGAGGCGUAUGAAUAGGUACACGAGGUAUAAAAGACAAGCGGCAGCGCCACCUGCAGUUCGCAGAGAGAUUCGAACCUUGAGUGACACAGAGAGACAGGCCUUCUUUGAUGCCGUCAACACCUUGAAAAAUGAUGGGAGCUACGAUGCAUUGGCAAACAUGCAUAUGGGCAUCGUCAUUGACUCGGGUCACGAGGGACCAGCAUUUUUGGGAUGGCACAGGGAAUAUUUAGUUGCGUUUGAGACGGCCUUAAGGCGUGUGAAUCCCUCUGUUAGUCUGCCCUACUGGGACUCGACAUUAGAUUUCGUCAUGGGGGAACCCGUCGAGACAUCGUUCUUCUCUUCAGCUCUUGUCGGAAACGGGGACGGAAUUGUUGUUAACGGACCUUUUUCCGAUUGGCCAGCCAGACCGGAUGGACAGAGACUAGAACGUGAUAUUGCAACCAUUGGCUCCCUCUUCACACCAGAAGGUCUCGACUUGUUUCUCAACGAUCCGAAUAUCAACAGAACAAGUCAAAUCGUUCUAGGAACUGGGGUUGAUUUAGCCAGUACUCUGGAAGGACAACACAACAACGUUCAUAACUGGGUGGGUGGAACUAUGUCAGGACUAGAGACAGCCGCUCAUGAUCCCGUCUUUUUCAUGUUUCAUGCUCACGUGGAUUAUAUAUGGGAAAGAUUCAGGGAAAAGCAGGUUGCAUUGGGAUCGGCAAAUCCAGAAACGGAUUAUCCUGUAAUCAAUAACACCUUGCAUCUACCAGGUGUAACGAUGGAAGGUUUUCCUGAGUUGACGAAUCUGGAUGGAUAUCGUAACUCCUACACUACAGACAUAUAUACUUAUGCCAAUACCCCGGAAUGUGCAAAUGGCUGUGGCGGAUCUCCUUUCCUUCGAUGUGAUCAAUCUAUCAAUAGGUGUGUUGCCCUUACCGCAGCAGAAGUGGGUGCAACGGGCAACACAAAUCAGAACCCUCCGAUUGAUUUUGGCGAUUUUCAAUUCCUUAACACUUUUAGUGAUCCAAGAACACGUCUCGCGCGUUCGACGAGACAUACUCGGAACAAAAGAGACAACCAAUACAUACAGCGAUUACUUUCACAAACAGCAAAUCUAUCCAAAAAAGAGAUUCCUAGUACAAAUCUUCUGGAAUUCAGCUACGAAAACAAGAUCACAAAAGUAAGGGUACCGAAAUCUGGUUCCCAAAAACUUCGAAUUGAAUCUUCAACACCAGUAAUGGAGAGAGGAAGACAGAAUUUAUUCUCUAUGGACGGCGUGGCAGAUAUCAGAAGAUGGGCAUAUAUUCCUGUAAAAAUCGUCAAUAAAAGAGAUGUCUCCAGACAUGCCUUUAAAAGCCCCCUCGUUGUUCGAGGACACUACAUACCUGGUGCUGAUCCUUAUCAUCCUCUGAUCUACAGUGCACUUCGGCCAUUCUUUUCUGUCUAUAGACAGAAGGUAGCAACCUUCCCAACGUGCAAGGCUAUGAAUUCUGGGAUAAAGAAGGUGUACAUCCGGUCGGACGGUCUGAAUUACGCCGGAAAAUUUAUUGAUUAUGGCGUAGUGGACGAGAGGCAACCGAUGUCAGAAACCACUGCUUAUGUAGCAGUGAAACAUCCAAACUUAGGGCAAGGAAAAGCUAUCAUCACCGCUUAUGACUCUUCUGGUAAAGUUUGUGAACCAAAAUGUCUGGUACCAGGCUCAUUCCCGCCAUCGUAUCGGUCUUGCGCAGGCGUCAUUAACAUUUCUAACCAUCUUCCAAAAAUGUAUGCGGACGAUUACGGUGAAGCGGUGAAGAGUCAGUGGAAUUUUGUGUCUGAUGACUGUCCUUCACAACAAAGUAGUCCCGUUCCCUUAAUUUUUUAUUGUGCGCCUACAGUGCAAUGGCCUUGGAAAAAUUGUUUACAUGGUUAAAUCUUUGACAAUAAUGAGGGACUGGAGUUAUUAUUAUUUAUCAUUUUACUUUUACACUUUAUAAUAAAACUUUCAAAAAAAU